ACCCUGCCAACCAAUCACGUUUCAUUAUUUGAAGCCAGUACCUUAGUAUUGUGUCUAGGCGACUAGCGUCCGUUAACAGUGAAGCACAGAGAAAGAGAUAUCUUCUGUGCAGUGAAGUUGUGAAAGUCAUUGUACUUUUUAUCUUAGUCUACGUGAAGCUUCAGCGUGAUUUUUUUUCCCCGCUCUCUUUAAGUCAUGUCUGAUCGUGGUAAAGGAAGAAAAGCAAGUGGAAAAGGCAAUGUGAAAAGGGAUCGUAAAGUCUUAUGUAAGCGUGGUGAAAGAAGCAAAGAUUUGAGAAAACAAGAUGCCAAAAACCAUCGUAAAUCUCAUUGUGGCAAAGGAUAUAAAGAGCCUGGAAAAGAAACUGCCAAAGGUUGUCCUAAUUGUCAUAAAGUUCAUCGUGGUACGAAGAAUAAUAUUAUUAGCAAAGCUUCACUCAGAUGCAUAUCCAGACGUGUUGGAAUUAAAAAAGUCUCUAUUCAAGUUCUAGAAGAAAGUCAAUCUUUAGUCAUGGCUUUCAUUAGAAAUAGUAUCGAAGAUGCUGCGAUUUUUACUGAGCUUGCUAACAGGAAAACUAUCACUGCUAUGGAUGUCGUUAAUGGAUUAAAGUGGCGGAAGAAUUUGAAUCGGAGGCGAGUUGUAGUUUGGCAUAGCAGGGUGCAUUCGCAGUAAAUGUUUUUCUUUUGAUUUUGCUGGAAGGAUUCCCACCUAGAACAAGCAUAAAGGUUUAUAAGAAGAAGGAACCUUCAUUCACCUCAAAUAAUCUGUCUGUCAUUCUAUUAUUAUUUGUUUAAAAUAACUAGAUAUGGUUAUAAUUCAUUGAAUGUAAAAAAAUAAAAUGUUGAUAGAA